UAGAUGUUUGGGUGCAUCAGCAGAAGAGGAGAAAGGAAGACAAGAGGCUGGGGCAGAAGAUAUUAAUAAUGCUGGCAGUAGUGCUGCCCACAAAGAGCUGGAUUUGGGACAAACGUACCUUACCUGUUUGCCUGAACAAUAUAUGAAAGUGAAAUUCACUCAGACAGUGUACCUGACAUGCUGGCUAUUGUUGAAACUCUGCAAGGAGUGCCAAAGAGGUGCUGUAAGAAGGACUGCUGGAGAAACAGGAGAGAGUACUUCUGAGAAGACACAGUGCCACACUGAGACCCCACAGCCAGUUGAAAACUAUAUCAGUGAAGGAGAGUUUGAAGAUGAUCUGAGUUCUUCUACCCCAAGCACAACCGAGCUGGAGGUACGUGGAUCCAGCCAAGAAACAGAUGAAGAUUAUUUUGAAACUGUGUCACAUCAGAGCGGAUCUUUGUCAGAUGUAAAAACUGAGCCUUAUGAGAGUGCUUCAGACACAGAAUCCCUUUCCAGUGACAUAACUGGGAAUGCUUGCUCGGAUUCAAACUGCCUGUUUACUGAAAAAAAACCCCUGUGCUGUAAUCCUCCCAAAGAAAAGGAAGAAACCUUCCGUGAACUGAAGUGCUCCAGGCAACGCGAGUUCACACAGCGCGUACAGCUAGAAUUGCCCUCCAAAAUAAAAGAAGCACCAAGCAAAACUGAAUUUUGCAUACAGUUUGCAGAGUUAGAGGGCGAAGAAUUGGGUGAUGAAGAGCUAACGUUACCUGGUGAUAUUUGCAUCACAGGGAGCCAAGUCUAUGAAGAGCGCAUUUUAUCACAGACUAAGAAAAAGUCAAUAACAGCACUGCAGAGUAAGGCAGAGUUAGAAAGCAGUGGAGUGCAGUCCUGUACCAACUCAGUACUUACAGAAAACGGUGUUGCAAGACUGAAGGAACAUCCUGCAGUAUUUAACAUUGCUUGUUUCAAAGCAAACUCAGAAAGUUGUUUGGUUUUUCCUGAGGUACAGCAGUUUUCCUUCUGGUCAUAUGCAGCAGCAAGCUGUAGUUUGCCUAAUCUUCAUUUUGAAACAAAUGGGCCUAACUGUAAAAGUGACACUGAGACGUCUGACUGUAAGUGUGAAUUAAAGUCUAUGUCCAGUAUAAAAUGCAGCAGGAGGAAUUCAGCUGACAGUGAGGACACUACAGGUAAAAGGAUAAAACAUGGAAGCACAGAGACCAUGUUGACAUCACAUUCACCCUUCUACCAGAGUUGCUUCAACCCAAAAUCUCGGCUACCACGCACAAGGUCAGAGAUUACAGAAAGUAAAACAUGGCACAGCGUACCUGAAAAUAUCAGUGCUCAAAGUGAGACAGAAUGUGUGGUGAGCUGUAUUCACCCAGCUGACAAAUUUAGAUGGUCAUGUUCCAGAAUACAUCUUCAAGAUCUGGAUUUUGAAUACACUUGGAAAAACUUAGGAAGGGUAACUGUAAGCACUGAAAAGGUUACUGAAGAUGAGGGCCAAUUUGGCAUAAAGAGAUCUGCUCUUGGUACUGACACAGACUCAAAGGAGUGUCAGGUUUCUCAAGCAGCAGCCUCCCCCCAGUGCAUUGAUUAUUAUUUACACUCUAAAUCAGAGGGACGUGGCCUUAGCCCAGAGCCAGCUGGUAAUUGUGCUGACAGCUUAACAUGGAGUGAUGCUUGUGAGGGCAAUCCAAAGCAAAAGGAGACAUCCUCUUCCCUGGAUCGGGAUCCAGUGAUUAUAAACACUGAGGAACUUAAGCAAAACAAUGAGGGCAAAGCUGAAAGAGAUCUGGAAGCAAGUAGAUUCCCAUGUGAUAUCGAUGGUGAAUGGGACACUGGUGACACUGAGAACCCUGCAGCUUCUCAUGCAGGGGUUCCUGCUGUUGUGGAAAGCAGAGACCUUGAUUGUUCUGUAAACUGGGUUUCCAAUAGUGGAAUACAGCACAAACAUUUGAAGGCGAAUGGCCUUGAAUCUGAACUGUCAGAUUCAGAGAUUGCAGCAGGAGAAAGAUGGGCAGAUGAUUCUUCUAAUCUUGGCUUUGGUUGGGAAGUCCUGGAAACUGCAACGCAACCAGAUGGCAGUGACAGAGGAGCAGAGCACGGAGAGUCAGUGCAGCAAAAUACAAGUUGCAAAACCGGUGCCUUGAGGAGCCACUGGGAGCUAGAAACAAAUGAACAUCCUGCUCACAAAGGAAAGGAUGAAGAGAGUGUCUUUGCUGUUGAAAGGACUCCCAGAUCAGAUUAUAUAAGGCAGGGAAGGGAUUUAAUGACAAUUCCAGAAUUAAAGCCUGCCUUAAUUAUAGUGUCUGUAGAGGAGAAAGGAUUACACUCCAAAACACUGAAUGAUAACCUUCCUACUGAUGUGGUAGCUGAAACAUUGGGAAAUGUAGUGAGCAAGGAUUUGAUGCCUCCUCAUACUGUCAGUAAAGCUCAUGAUGAGCCAGAGAGAGUUCUGAGUGAAAGCUGUAACUGUGAAGAACAAAUUCUGGCCAUCCACCCUCUUCCUGGCAGUACAGAGAUACCCUCUGGUAAGGAUGCAGCCGAAGUAAAACCAGAAACUUCAGAAGAGAAAAGAGAGAAAACAGAAGCAGCUUCAUUCCUAGGAUUAACCUGUAGUAAUUCUGCAGUAUCAAGUGCAAAAGUGGAAUUCGGGAAUGUUGCUUUACCACUAGGCAGUCAUACAAUUAUUGCAGAAAGUCAGAUGGAUUCAUGUGAAAAAUCCCUUGUAAAAUGCCCCAGUGGAAGCGGUGUGAAGGCCUCUGAGGAAGGUUCCUGCAGAACAGGAACACUGGUGUCCGGUGCAGUGACACUGGAAACCAGCAGCAGUGUAAGAAGUGUGUAUCGGGGAGGUGGUGCUGGUGUCAGCCUUGAAGGGCCCAGUGUCAGCACUGUAAAGUCACAGGGCAGAGGUGAUCUGAUGGCCUCCGAGGAAGAGCCCUGCAAAACAAAGAGUGGUUUUGAAUUCAAGACCGGAGAGUUAGGAAAGUCAGGCUUUAGAAACCCUGGAAUGAGCCACUACCAGGUGUCUAAGGAAGAGGGAUUCAAAGCACAUCGAAGCACAGAGAAAGGUUUAAAUAUUACCAGUGCAAUGACACUGGACACCAGCAGCAGUACAAGCAGUUUGUGUGAGGGACAUGGUGCUGAUGUCAGCCCUCAGGGGCCCAGCAUUGUCUCUGAACAAGCAAUAGGCAGGCAAGGAAAUGAAAGAUGUAAUGGCUCAAAUGAAAAACCAGGCAUUUGUGUAGAACCCUCUCUUUGGGAAAGAAAGGAGGGCUCUCCUGCAGAAGACACCUCUAGCCCCAGCAAAGACAGUGCACUUGGUCUGGAUGUGCCUGAUGUCUUUGAUGAGUCUCUGAACAGGGAGACCCAGAGCACUUUCAUGCUGGGCCUGGAUAAUGUAAGUACCUGCAGCACUAACAGCGAGGAGCUGGAUGAGAACUCAUCCCACACCCUGGGAAGUAACAGCAGUCUUCAUAAAACUGUACAAAAGCCAACAAAGAAUGAGAAUAGCGGGAAAGCUUCCAAGUUUUUAGUAUUUUCAAAAAUGACAUCUUUCAGGAAAACUAAGCCUGCCUCAUGGGAAAAUCAGGGGAGCAGCAGUAUCUUUGGCAGCAAGGCAAAGACAGAAGAACUGGAUGUUGGGAAAGAUGAUGAAGACACUGCAAGUUUACUGUCUUUCAGAAGCUGUUCAUCUGGUUUACUCUUUCACAGGAAGGAAAGCUACACCUCUGAGUAUUCUGAUGAUGAUGAUUUAUUUUAUGAGAGACCCGCAGGAUUAUUCAAUAGAUUGAGCCUGAGGAAGGCCUCUGGCUCUGGUCGGAUACUGAUGGAAGAUGCAGAUCGACAAGUUUCAGGUUCAUUUGAAAACAAUGACAGCGAACCUGUGGAGCAUUCAGGGAUUAGAAAAUCAUUCCCUGAAAAUGAACACAAAAGAAACAAAAUCCCUGAGGGUAAGAAGUUCAAGACAAGGUUGGCCUUGGCACACAAAUCUCUCUCAAGCUUAUUUGAGUCCAAAUGUCCAGAAAAGGAAAACACUGAGCAAAGCUCAAAAGCAUCAGUGAAAAAUGAAAAGGAGAAAGCCAAACUUCGCCAGAGCACCUGGAAAGCUUUUCUAAAAAGCAAGGAGGCAGAUGGACUAAAAAGGCCUGUCUUAGUAAAUUUAUUACCCACACAGGAGAGUCUUAAUGCAACUGGUGGCCACGUGUUAACACCAGUAGAGCAACAGCAUAGUUCCAAUGGACACUCUUAUUUAAAAACAGAAACAGAUCAUGGCUCCUCAACGGACUCCAACUGUUUUGACAGCUCUGUGGAGCCCGUUGAUGUCUCUUCACCUGCACGUAUGUGGAGAAGACGAGUACAGUCCCAUGACUUGGGUAUCAGAUACUCUCAGAGUUCAGACUGUGAUGAACAGCAGGAGGUUCUGAGCAACAGUUUAAAUACUUCUCUAGAGGAGUACUGGAUGAAAUCUCCAUUUAGCCCCACUGACUUACAGCUGGCAUUUAGUCAGUCGAGUCCAUCAUGUCCCCAGCUCUCAAAUUCUGAUGGUAAAGACAUGCCUUGUAGGCCCAUGAGUCCCAAACCUCAGAGUUCACGAUCCGCUUCUCAACACAAGAACUUCCGUUAUCCUGGGCGAGUGUGUGCCACUUCCAUGUUUUUUUUUGGGAGCAGCCCUGGAGUGGAAAGCAGCCUGGAGGCUCCUGAGAGACCAAAGACACUGAAACCCAGAGGAAGUCUUUUACACUCGUUGGAUGAUUUCCAGAGGGAUGACAGUGGCAUAAGCAGUCAAUCCCAAAUCAGUUUAAAUACAGCUUCUUCCAUUAGUGACAUGCUCCGAGAUGAGUUUGUAAAACAGGAGUCAAAACAGCCACGCCAAACAGCACCUGAAAAGAGGCCAAAUAAGAAAUGGGUUCCCCAUCGCAAAAGGAGGCCCCCCCGGGUUCCACCAUGCCCACGCCCUGUCUCCACCAUGGAGAGCAAAGCCCAGAGGCUCUUCUUCCUUGCUCCUGAUGAAAAAGCCAAGGAGAUUCCAGAGAGGAGGAGGAAGAGACCCAAACCCCUCUAUAAGUGCUUCAGCUUCGAUGACGUUUGGAUGGAGAGGAAUCAAAAAAGGAAACUAGAGAAGAAGACACAGCCAGAGGGAGGGGUUCAAUUGCAACACCUCCCAGAGGACCCCUCAAAAGCUGGAUUAAGUCCAUCCAUCACAUCUCCUGUUGCCUUUGACAUCCUGCCACUGAAACUGCAUCCGUUUUCCCAGAGCACUCCGACAGGCCUGGACUGCGUGGGCUGGAAACGGCGCAUCUCUGCUCCCGUGAUCACUGACGGAGCGCUGGACAAGACAGCCCUGACGGACGAUGUGGGGAGCGAGGAGGAUCUGUACGAGGACUUCCGCAGCUCCAACCACCGCUACGGCCACCCCGGCGGCGGCGGCGAGCAGCUGGCCAUCAACGAGCUCAUCAGCGAUGGCAGCGUGGUUUAUGCAGAAGCCCUCUGGGACCACGUCACCAUGGAUGACCAGGAGCUGGGAUUCAAAGCCGGCGAUGUCAUCGAAGUAAUGGAUGCCACCAACAAGGAGUGGUGGUGGGGGAGGAUUCUGGACAGUGAAGGCUGGUUUCCAGCCAGCUUUGUUCGGCUGCGAGUUAACCAGGAUGAGCCCAUGGAAGAUUAUCCCCUGAAGGUAGAGGGGGGCAAAGAGGACGACUCCCGACGCUUUGGGAUGGGCCAGAACACCAAAGACCAAAUGAGGACCAACGUCAUCAACGAGAUCAUAAGCACAGAGAGAGACUACAUCAAGCACCUGAAGGACAUUUGUGAGGGUUACAUUAAGCAGUGCCGCAAGAGAGCAGACAUGUUUACGGAAGACCAGCUGAAGACAAUCUUUGGGAAUAUUGAGGACAUCUACAGGUGCCAGAAGAAAUUUGUUAAAGCACUAGAGAAGAAAUUUAACAAAGACCACCCACAUCUGAGUGAGGUUGGCUCAUGCUUCUUGGAAUAUCAAACAGAGUUUCAGAUCUACUCCGAGUACUGCAACAACCACCCCAAUGCCUGCAUGGAGCUGUCGCGCCUCACCAAGGUGAACAAGUACGUUUACUUCUUCGAGGCCUGCCGCCUGCUGCAGAAGAUGAUCGACAUCUCCCUGGACGGCUUCCUGCUCACCCCCGUGCAGAAAAUCUGCAAAUACCCCCUGCAGCUGGCCGAGCUGCUCAAGUACACCAACCCCCAGCACAGGGAUUUCAAGGAUGUGGAGGCUGCCUUAAACGCCAUGAAGAACGUGGCUCGGCUCAUCAACGAGAGGAAGCGGCGGCUGGAGAACAUCGACAAAAUCGCUCAGUGGCAGAGCUCCAUAGAGGACUGGGAGGGAGAAGAUGUCCUAGUCAGAAGCUCAGAACUCAUCUAUUCUGGGGAAUUAGCCAAAAUCUCCCACCCUCAAGCCAAGAGCCAACAGAGGAUGUUCUUCCUCUUCGAUCACCAGCUUGUCUGCUGCAAGAAGGACCUUCUGCGCAGGGACAUCUUGUAUUACAAGAGUCGGAUCAACAUGGAUGACAUGGAAAUACUGGAUGUAGAAGAUGGGAAAGACAAGGACUUCAACAUCAGUGUGAAAAAUGCAUUUAAACUGCACUGCAGAGACACUGAGGAAGUCCAUUUAUUCUGUGCAAAAAAGCCUGAGCAGAAACAGCGCUGGCUGAAGGCGUUCGAGAAUGAAAGGAGGCAGGUGCAGCUCGACCAGGAGACAGGUUUUUCCAUCACAGAGGUGCAGAAAAAGCAGGCAAUGCUGAAUGCCAGCAAGCAGCACCAUGCUGGGAAGCCCAAGGCCGUCACCAGGCCCUACUACGACUUCCUGAUGCGGCAGAAGCACCCCACGCUGCCCACCACGCUCCCGCAGCAGCAGGUGUUCAUGCUGGCAGAGCCCAAGCGCAAGCCCUCGAACUUCUGGCAGAACAUCAGCAGGCUGACACCCUUCCGGAAAUAGGGGCAGCCCCGUGUUUGUGCCUGAACCCCUCCUGAGAAAGCACUUUAUCCGUCAGUCCCGGCAGGCGGAGCCCAGGUUCAUCCGCUCCUGCGUUUACAGAGGAUGGCCCGUGUGCUCCUGCCUCCCCUGUUUAUCGUGCGGCCCGCCUGAGCCGCUGGCUGCCAGGUGAGGCCGCGGGGCCGCGGCCGGCCGCG